AUGGAGACUCGACUCUGGGGCCUGGGCCAGCCGCUGAGGGCCGAACCGUUUGGGUCGCCAGCCGCAUCCGCAUUGCUCGGUACCAUGGUAGAGCGCGGCUAUGUCGUCAAAGCUGACGGCCCUGCCUUGAUGGGCGUGCUGGAGAGGCAUGUCUGCCAGAUCUCUGUCUGGCUGUCGAGUUUCGGAACAACUAUCCGUCAUGGUCCUGCCGCAUACGUCGAGAUCUGUGGCGUCCGUGUCAGCAUGCGGUGCCGGUCCGCCGGAGGUCGUGGCGGGACGGAUCGGAGGCCGCAGCUGCCAACGUGCGUGUUCGAGUCACGGAGCCUCGUCGAAGUCUCAAGGAUGCUCCUGACCAAUAUCAACAGCGAUAGUCGUGGUCGGGAGCAUCCGGACAGGGAGGUGCAGGGAACUAUACAAUCUCUGGAAGUAUACUUUGUUACGCAGCCCAAGAACACAUCUGGGCGCGCGCGGCACUCCAUCCUCAAGGAGCCAAUGGUGAGCCCUCCCCUCAGGCCAGCCACAGCUUGUUUCAAGGAGGCGAUCGUGAGGAAGAGGAGGCAACAAGAAACUUAG